AUACUGAUCAUCAGUAACAAACCUCAUUCUCCAUGAUAGGAUGUUGUCAUAAUGAUUCCAAUGUAAUAAGAAGAGCUGUGUAUGUGCUGAUUUCUUUUUAAACAGAUCAAUAUUGUGAAGUCAGUAUACUUAGCCAAGGUGAACUCUAAAUAUAGAUUGAAAGGGACAGUCUGUUUCGUAGCUGCCUUCAUGGGUCCUGCAGGAGUUGACAGGUUCCUGUGGGUCUAAAAGUAGAGAGAGGAGUUUUCUUCGGGUGAUUUUCACUGGCUGAUUUCUUCCAUACUGGCACAUUACCUGAACGCGGUUAUGUUCUCAAGUUGUUAAGAAGAAUCUUCCCUGAAGUUGCAGGGAGGUACUACUCAAAAUACCCAAGAGAAACAACUGCUGUUCGGAAGCUAAAAAUAACCAAAAGCCUCUGUGCACGAGGUGGUAACCUUUACCACGCCGUUGCUGAAACGUGGGGCUCUGUAACGACUGCAGUUGGCCACGGAUGUGCUUGUGGGGAGAUAGCAGAGCCAGCGCUCGUGGGGACGUGGCUCGCGGACCGUGCUGCCUGGCACCACGCGACAUUCUAGGGGAAGGAAAGUGGACGCAGCCAUCUGUCCUGAAAUUACUGCUGCACACCUAAAAAUCAUACGCUAGAUACAAUGGAGAGGCCUUCCUUGGAAAUUAAGCUGCCCGAUACUCAUGAAGAAGGAAAACUUUAUGUAGUUGAUUCCUUAAACAACCUAAACAAACUGAAUGUUUGUCCAGAUGGAUCCCAACACUCGCUAGAUGAGGAAGAGAACACUGGUGGUACUGGAGAAAAUACGGCAGGGAGCAACAUAAGAAACCAGUGUUUGUUCGUCACCUUUAUUCUUACUUUGAUCGUCAGUUUGGCACUUGUUUCAUUCGUAAUAUUCUUAAUAAUUCAAACUAGAAACAAGAUGGACCAAAUAUCAAGCAGACUAAUAUCUGAAAAGAAGAACAUAGAAGAGCUUAAGAAAAUGAACAAUAUGAUAUUAAAGCAUCUAAAUCAAUCAGGAAUUAAGGAAAAGGGGAGAUACCUCUUCACACAGUCUCCUGGUCUUCAUGAUUACCUCUUUACCCAUGCUGAGCUGAAAGUCCCUGGAGAAUAGAUCUUCUUUGGAAUGAAAUUCAGCGUAAUCAUGUACUCAGAUAUUUUCACAUAUGGCACACAGGUCUCUUAAACAUUCUGAUAUGGUCACAGGAGCACUGGAAAAGCCAUCUGAAUGAACAAUAUUAGAAAAUAUUUUAUCCUGUUUUAUGUGAAUAUAGUGUUGAAAACUAAGCCCAUAUGAUUUACAAUUUACAAGGGAUUGUCAACAAUUUUGGGCAAGAGUUCCAGAUUCUCUAUGCAUUGUAAAUUGCAGGGCUAAGGGCUUAGUUUUACUUUAAAUGUAAGUGAAUGAUCACAGAAAAUAGUGAUUUCUAUUCCACCAUGACCUUGUUCACUUAGUCAUUCUCCUGUUUCUUUGGAACAAGUUUUGUGCUUGCUUCUAUAUUAUUUGUAUUUAAAGAUAACUUCAGAUUCCGUAACUUAUAAAUAAAUCCAGUUCUGCCAUGGAGUU